GUACUUUUCCUACUUGACUACCCACUACACUUGGCCAUAACCCUACUUGUGUUGUUUCAAGCUUUCGCUGAAAAAUGUUUUCCUUUUUCUGUUUUCUACUUUUCUAAUGUUGUUUCAUUUUUUAAUUAAAUUGAAUUUAUAGAUUUAAGUGAUUACACUUUACAUUGUUGCAAUGAUGUCGAGUCCAACAAGUCCAAGUACACUCCAUGGUUUGCUCAGAGGACGAGAUAGAGGUUUAACUGUUUAUGAUAAAAAAUUUCUGCUCUGUGCUGAACGAGGCGAUGUUGUUUCAGUUAAAAAAUUGUUGCAACAACAUUGUAAACCUGAUUCAAAGGGAGCUAGUAAAUUGAACAUUAACUGUACCGAUCCGUUGGGUCGAACUGCACUCAUACUAGCGAUUGAAAAUGAAAAUUUGGAGCUGUUGGAGGUUCUAUUGAAGUAUAACAUUGAUCCCGGUGAUUCCCUGCUCCAUGCAAUUAGUGAAGAAUAUGUUGAAGCUGUUGAAAUUUUGUUACAACAUGAGGAAAAGAUUCAUCAGCCUGGAGCUCCUUACAGUUGGGAAAAGGUUGAUCAUGAAACAAGCGCAUAUACUCGUGAUAUAACACCGUUAAUAUUAGCUGCUCAUAAAGACAAUUAUGAAAUAUUGAAAAUCCUCUUGGACCGUGGAGCAGAACUGCCUCUUCCACAUGAUGUUAAAUGUUCCUGCUAUGAGUGUAUUACAUCCAUUUCUGCUGACUGUCUUCGCCAUUCUCGAUCACGGAUCAACGCUUAUAAAGCAUUAUGUUCACCGUCAUUAAUUUCAUUAUCAAGUCGAGAUCCAAUAUUGACUGCUUUUCAAUUAAGCUGGGAGCUUAGGCGUCUAUCUAAAAUUGAAAAAGAGUUUGCUCUUGAUUACAAGGAAUUACGGAGUAAUGUUCAAAAUUUUGCUGUUGCUUUGUUAGAUCAUGUACGUAAUACUCAUGAGUUAAGGAUUAUCAUGAAUUUUAGUACCGACGUGACCAUCUCUGAGGAAGAAGAGAUGAAACUGGAACGCCUAAAACUAGCCAUUGACUAUAAACAAAAAAGUUUCGUUGCACAUCCAAACGUCCAGCAAUUAUUGGGAACAGUUUGGUUUGAAGGAAUGCCUGGUUACCGACGGAAAGGCCCAAUUAAACAAGCGUUAACGGUUAUCAACAUAGCGAUGAAAUUUCCACUUUAUGCAUUAGCAACCCUUUAUUUACCGAACACCAAAUUAGCCCGGAUUGCGAAAAGAUCCUUCAUUAAAUUUAUAAGCCAUUCUGCAUCGUACCUUUUCUUUCUCUUAUUACUAGUCCUUGCUUCCCAAAGAGUUGAAUUUUUGGUUGUCUCAUAUCUUGAUGAAAACAAUAUAACAUCAUGGUUAACAGAAACAUACGUCCGAGAACGAGGUCGACCACCAAAUUUAACUGAAUGGGCCAUCAUUGUCUACAUAAUUAGCUUUAUAUGGCAAGAAACGAGUGAGCUUUUUUCCCUCGGACUAUUUUCUUACAUAUCUGAUCUUUGGAAUAUAGUUGACGCUUUAUCAAACAUAAUUUACAUUAACUGGUUUGCUUUAAGGUUUAUUUCUUAUCUGCAAGUUCAACUGGAAUUGGCUUCAUCAACACCUGAAAAACCAUUUGAAAAUAAAUCUCGUGAAGAUUGGGAUCCUUACGAUCCAAUGUUGCUUUCAGAGGGAAUGUUUGGAGCUGCAUCGAUUUGCUCUUUUCUUAAGCUGGUUCACAUCUUUUCGGUUCAUCCUCAUCUGGGUCCACUUCAAAUUUCACUUGGUCGAAUGGUUUAUGAUAUUUUAAAAUUUUUCUUCAUCUUUAUCCUGGUCGUGUUUGCCUUUGGAACGGGGUUGAAUCAAUUACUUUGGUAUUAUGCUGAAAAAGAGUGGGAAAGGUGUAAAUGGGGACCGAGUAAUAAUCUUCACCCUUUAGAAGUGGAUCAUGCAUGUGAAGUUUGGAGGCGUUUUGCUAAUUUAUUUGAAACUUCUCAAACUCUUUUCUGGGCUUCUUUUGGUUUAAUUGAUUUAUACAAUUUUGAACUAGCUGGUAUCAAAGAGUUUACCCGUUUUUGGGGACUUUUAAUGUUCGGCUGCUAUUCUGUUAUCAAUGUGGUCGUCCUAUUGAACCUACUUAUUGCUAUGAUGUCUAACUCAUACAAUUUAAUCUCUGAACGAGCAGAUACUGAAUGGAAAUUUGCUCGCUCCAAAUUGUGGAUCAGUUAUUUUGAUGAAACCUUAUCUGUACCUGCUCCAUUCAAUUUGCUUCCUCCUCUGGGUAAACUUUGGUCUAAAAGUGGACCUGGUUUGAAAAGGUUUCCCUCUUCUUCGUCUGGAUCAGCCUUAAAAGAGACUUACUCUAAUGUUAUGAGAUGCUUGGUUCGUCGUUAUGUUACAAGGGAACAGCGAAAGGCUGAAGAGACUGGAAUAGUAACGGAAGAUGAUGUUAACGAGAUAAAACAAGACAUUGGAAGUUUCCGUUAUGAAUUGAUUGAUAUGCUCAAAAAGAAUGGAAUGAAAUACGAUUCAACAUUAAGUCAUGAUGAUUGCUUCGGUAAACGUGAACGAAUCCGAGAAAGGCGAUUACUGAAAGGUUUCAAUAUUGGUUUAAUAAACAGUGGGACAAGUGGGCCUAAUAGUGGUGGAGGUCCUCUAAGGGAAGGAGAUUAUCCAGAUGGUUCAACUGGUUUGUUAAAUUUAAUUGCAACCAGAGGAAGCUUCAAGAAACGUCAAAUGGCCAGAGAACGAUGGACAACAGCAGUUACAGCUAUUCUUAGAAACAAAGGUAAUCAAAUUGGUACUACACCUAGAAGAGCAAGUAGCUUACGGGACUUAAGGGACGAGGUUUUAAGAGAAAGAGAUUCUUUAACAACGGAAGAAUCAUUUGAGGAGAUUGAAGAUAUUCAUGUUUAUGACCGUCUUAAGGAUAGAGAUAGAGUUGAAGUAAUUGAUGAAGUCAAUGAGAAUAAAAAAUCGCUUUCACUGGAAACGAAAGAUUUGCUUCUAGAGACUGAAACCAUUGAUCAAAGUGUACAAAAUCAAGCAAUUGAAUCAAAUCUAAAUCUCUCAUCAAUCUCACAAACAUCACUGUUAUCACCAGCAAGUCCAUCAGAUAUGACUCCUUUGAUUCCAAGCUUUUCUCAAACAGAAACACUUCCUCCACCUGCACCUGUAACUUAUCCAAAAUCGUCAGAAGUAUUAUCGACUGAGCCAGACAUUGAAAAAACUGAACCUUCUACUGACCAACAUAAACAACUUUUGUCUACAAGCAAACCUGUUUCAUCCGAAGUCACUCUUUCACCUUACUCUUUAGCAGCUUCAUCUCACUCGGAGGUUCAACACACUUCUUCGUCUUUAUCAGGUCAAAUUAAUAGAGGUUAUCAGUCAAGUGAUUCAGAUGAUAAUGGAGAAGACUCAAAGCCUAAAAGUAAAGAGAAUGAUUCACAAAAGAUGAGGAAAAGACUCGCGGCUGGUCGAGCGGUAUCCAAGGAACCAGAAAAGAGACGAAAAUCGGAAACCAGAGUUGAUUUAAGUGGAUGGAUUUGAGAUUGUAUCAGUUAAGACGGUUAUUACACUAAAAGAGUUUAAAAUAAAAAUAUUGACCAUGUAAGUCACAAUUGCAAGACGCAAGAUUAAGGUUGAACAAAUUUGACUAGAAAACAGAAAUUGUAUUUAAGUGAUUUUAUGUUAUCAUUAAAGUUGAAAAUAAGAGUUAAAAA